UGUCUUUUCUUGCCCUCUCUUUCCUCUCUUCAUUUUACCACCAGCUUCCCCCGCUCUCCCUCCCUGCAUUUUCGCUUUUUUCUCAAAACCCUAGAUUUGGAAGCAGAAGGGAAAUCUAGGGUUUUGUUCAUCUGGGGUUGGUUGUUAGGAGUACGUGGGUUUCUGGUCUCUCAAGCUGUUCUCUACUUUCGCUGCUCAAAGUUGCCGUCUUUGAGCUUUUGUUUUCCGCCGGCUCUCUGCAUUUCUGUUGUUGGCCCUCUAGCUUUGAGUUAGCGGUCUGCUGUAUUCUUGGAGGAAACCGUGCUUCUCGUUCUUUAGAGUGUUUGUUUCUCUUCUUUCGUUUUCGUUCCCAUUUCCCACAAUUUCGGCGAGUUCGGAAUUUUGAGAUUGAGGGUUCUCAUCUGGGUUUCUGUUGAUGGCGGUUUAAUUGUGAAAGCAGAUCUUUUUGAGUUCCUCCCUGUGUGGCGGCGAAACGUUCUGAUUAGAGUUCCCAGCUUCAUUUCGUUUUUAGUUCUCUUGCACGAAAAACCCCUGAAAAACCCUUUGGUUCUGGAAUCCCUCUUGCCGUUUCUCAUUAGGUUGCGAAGUCUAGUAGGAUAAGGAAGCCUUAAAAGCACCAUCUUUAUCAGUCAGAAGCUCUUGAUUAUUUUUGGAGCUUGUACUAUUGUGAUAUUUGUACCAUUUUCCUUAGUAAAUGCAUGGAUGGAAGAGAAGCUAUGGCAUUGUCUAGUGGGUCAAAUCCGUAUUACAUUCAUAGGGGGCCUGGUUAUGGUGGGUCUGGGGGAUACGGGUCACAACCUGGCGCAUUGCACCCUCCACCCCAGUUCAGAUCCUCCCCAACUCCAAACUUUCAGAUUCAAAACAAUGCCAGGCCUGGCUCAUCUGCACCUGCAUUCUCAAUAGAGCACUCAAAUGUGAAUUCUGGUCAUGGUGGCCCUGGCGGCCAUGGCAUUGAUAUUGAUAUGGGUGCUCCUCCACCUGGGGUUGCUGUGAGUGAGCAGCCGGUGAAGAAGAAAAGAGGAAGGCCACGGAAAUAUGCCCCUGAUGGACAGGUUUCCCUUGCUUUAUCUCCUGUGCUGGUAAAGCCUAAACAACAACCAUCAUCAGAGCAAGAUCCAUUGAGCCCAUCUAAGCGUAGAGGGCGGCCACCGGGCACAGGGAGAAAGCAACGACUGGCGAAUCUAGGUGAAUGGAUGAACAACUCUGCAGGCCUGGCUUUCGCACCACAUGUGAUCAGAAUCUUAGCUGGGGAGGAUAUAGUUGCAAAAAUAUUGUCAUUCGCGCAACAGAGGCCUAGGGCUGUCUGUGUCUUGUCUGGAACUGGUACAGCUUCCUCUGUCACAUUGCGCCAACCAGCAUCUUCAGGGCCUUCUGUCACAUACGAGGGCCGAUUCGAGAUACUGUGUUUGUCGGGUUCUUACUUGGUGGCUGAAGAUGGAGGUCCACGUAAUCGAACAGGCGGGAUGAGCGCUUCUCUCUCUACUCCUGAUGGUCAUGUCAUUGGUGGUGCAAUCGGCAUGCUUACUGCUGCGAGCCUAGUCCAGGUCGUGAUCUGCAGUUUUGUACAUGGUAAUACAAAGAAGCCCGAAAGACCAGUUGGGCGGCCUAAGAGUGAUAAAAGCCAACGGAACAAUGAGAAAUUAGCUGUUAGUACCCCUACUACCCCUGCUAGUGCUCCUCCUCCCUCUACUACAACACAGCAGCAGCAGCAUCACUACACUCCUUCACCCAUGGGGGUCUGGCCUGGUUCACGAUCUGUUGAACUGAGAAACAACCCUCACAUGGACAUUGAUUUGACACGCGGAUGAAUGACUGGCUGCAGCAACAAGCACAUGGCAAUUUUGUACAGAUGUGUUGUUGUACAAGUAGUUGAAGAAGAAAAGAUCUCCUUUGUGAGCAUCUAGAUUUCACCUUUCAGCUCUUUUCUCUCUCUUCCCCAACAUUUGAGGGUAGGGACGUGGAAUGCGGUUUGUGCUAACCUCUAGUCUGUAACAAAAAGUCGAUCAUUUUUAAGGGCUCGCUUCCAACUGUUUAGGAUUUGUUUUCCCAUUAUUUUUAAGUCUCCCGGUUUCUGGGUAUUUAUGUGGAUCAGUCUUUGGUGAUUGGCACUUGGCAGUAGCAAAGUUCAGUUAAUUCCUCUUCGUUAAAUU